CCAGCUGAUUUGUAGCUCUUAUUUAAUAUACACGCUCUUGCACUCCAAUCCGACUUGGAUGACGAAUUGUUAAUAAAAAUGUUUCGCAAACAAUUUGGUAACUUGUCGCGUGUCUCCACACACCUGUCCCGCAAUGUGCUAGCUGCUCGUGUGGCCAGCCGGGAGACUGAAAUGUCAACAAAUGCAGCGCCGGCAGAAGCCGUUACCGCACCGCCUCUCGUCAAUGAGUUUCGGACAGGUGUGGCAAAUCCUGGUGAGCACUCGGAUGUACAAUUAGGCAAAUUCUACACUAUUCCCAUGGAACAGAAGAAGCAAAUUUUCUCUGGCGGCGGCCUGCCAAAGCAAUACGAGCAACAGAUCAAGACAUUUACCGAGGCCUGCCUAAUGGUGCGUUCUCCUGCCCUCGAGCUGCUGAAUUACAUCAAGAGGGCUGAUCUGUCGAAACCGGUGGUACGUUAUGUGCUGUAUGGCGACAAUGGUGUUGGCAAAACACUGACCAUGGCACAUGUCUUGCAUUAUGGCAUGCUGAACGACUUUCUGCUGGUGCACGUGCCCUGGGCGCCCAACUGGAUGAAACGGCCCAAGGAGUCAGCGAACUCAGCCAGCCAAGAGGGCUUUAUCGAUCUGCCAUUUGAUGCUGCCGCCUGGCUGGUUCACUUCAAGGCGCAGAACUCGAAGCUGCUCGAACGCCUGCAACUGAAGACCAGCAAGGAGUACGUGUGGAGCAAGCGUGAGAGCACACCAGCAGGUUCGUCCCUGAUCGAAUUAGUGGAGCAUGGCAUUGCCAGGAUCAAGUAUGCAUCGGAGACAACGGCAGCUCUGAUCUCGGAGCUGAAGCAACUGGCCACAGCUGGCCAGUGCAAGGUAAUGGUGGCCAUCGAUGGCUACAAUGCCUUCUUCCAUCCCAUCACGCGCAUCUUCUCCGACAACAAGCAGCGUGUGUCCCCAGACCGCAUAACGCUCACCCAGCCAUUUCUGGAUAUUACCAACUACGACUGGACGAACGGCGUGUGCAUUCUAUCCGUGGACAAAAUAGCCAUGACCGAAGGUUACAUGGAAUCCUACUUGCCACGCUAUCUGCUUGGCAAAGAGGGCUUCGAGCAUUUGGAUCCAUUUGUGCCCGUGCACGUUGGCAAUUACACGGAGAAAGAGUUCGCCAGCUAUAUCAACUACUAUUUGGAUCGUCAUUGGAUCUCGAAGACGCAGCCCGGCUUUGAUGAGCAGCUCAAAUUCAUGAGCAACAUGAAUCCCUAUACACUAAUGCAGCUGGUCAGAGGCCUCUAGUGUUGUGGCUUAACAAUAACUUUUUGUUAGUUUCUAAAUGUUAAUAAAAA